UUUAUUUGUGCAUUCAACAUGAUUCAGUGGUGUUCGUGCAGUGUUUUAUCGCUCAUACUUUUAUGUUUGAGCAAUUAUGUUUCCGGCCAAUUUUUCAACAACCGACCGUAUCCAACAUACAGCUUGGAAAGUAUGCCAAAUACUGGAUUUUCUUGUCGGGACAAAAUAUUGGGUGGCUACUACGCCGAUGCUGAAACACAAUGCCAAAUGUUUCAUGUAUGCGUAAAGGUUGCGGGUAUUGGUGUACAAGAUUUUCGAUUCUUGUGUCCAAAUGGUACAGCAUUUGAUCAAGAUUCUCAAAUUUGUGCUGAAUGGGAUGAUGUUGAUUGUGAAGCUUCAACAUUAUAUUAUUCCAGUGAUAAUUUCGAUUUAUAUCGAAUUGGUUCCGGUUUUGAAACAAAAGCACAGUACGCCGGUGAAGAAGAAUCAGCGUUUCAUUUACAACGUGCCGAUUCUGGUGAUAUACGUUUACAAAAAGAAAAUCAAAUCAAUCAAAAACCUGAAUACAACGUUCAAGGAAAUAAUAAUCAAAGAAUAACAUCAAAUCAACCAAAAUAUUCAAAUGAUCGUGAAAUCUUUCGAGGAUCAAGUAGUUCUAACUUCUUUAAUAAUCGUAAUGGUGGCAAAGAGGAUGAUUAUGAGAAUUACGAUAACACGGGGAAUCAUCGAAAUGAUGUUCCUAAAGUAGAAAAACCUAUUCGAAAAAUAAUAAGAAAACCUACAACAACAACAACAACCACAACUACUACUACUAUAGCCCCAACAACCACAAUAAGAGCUUUUCAAAAUGGCCAAUUUAAUCAACAACAAACGCCAACUACAUUUAAACCAAGUGGUUUUGUUAACCGAAACCAAUAUCGAAAUCAACCAAUCAACAACUAUUCACCAACAACAAAUAAACCUACAUCAACAACUUUAACUGAUGAACAAUACACGACAGCUUUAAAUAAUUACAAAGUUCGACAACAACAAGGACGAUCCUACAACAGAGAUACCUCAUUUAGACAAAAAAGUCGAUUUUCAACAAAUCCAAGUACAGAAUCUGUACUUGGAAAUCUAAACUCACGAAAUUCAAAUAAAUAUACACCAAAUGCACAAUAUGACAAUCAACAGUCCACUCAAUAUUAUGACAGUCAAAGUUCAACAACACCUAAAUAUAAUAAUAAUUACAAUGAUUAUCGAUAUAGUACCCUAGCACCCUUUGAAAAACCAAUCGAAAAAUCAUAUGAUGUACAAAAACAAACUGCACAACGUCAAACAACGACCACUGUUAGUCCAUUUAGUAACUAUUAUACAAAUACCGUCUCAUCAACUGUAUUUCCAAUAGUGAAUAAUAAUUAUACAACUCAACAGUUUAGUAAUAACAAUAAUUAUUAUUCAACUGAAGCACCAUUUAAUUAUCAACAAAAUAACAAUAAUUACAAGGCUACAAGUACAACAGUUCAACCAAUACAAAAUACUAAUUAUUAUAACAACAAUCAACAAGGAAAACAAAACACACAAAAUUAUUAUAAUGAACAAAAAUCAACAAAUUAUCAAGAUUAUAACACGAAUAUAGGUGUUGUAUCAUCAACAACUCAACAAUAUUACGAUACGAAUCGACAAGGAGCACAAACCUCAAAUAAUAAUUAUCAAAAAUCAACUAAUUAUCAAGAUAAUAAUACAUUUAAUUAUAAUUCUGGUGUUUCUACAAGUAACACUCAACAAUAUUCAAAUUAUAAUACGAAUAAACAAACAUCAAAACCAUAUAAUCAGAAAUCAACAAAUUAUCAAGAUAAUCAAUUUAAUUAUAAUUCUGAUGUUUCUACUACCACUCAACAAUAUUACAAUAAUAAUAAUCAACGACAAAAAACCACAACUUAUCAACAAAAUGAUCAAUUUAAUAAUUAUAAUACUAGAACUUCAACAACAACACCACAAUACUCAAAUUAUGAUCGACAAGGUAAAACUUAUAAUAACGAACAAGGAAUAAUAUCUACAACAACAUUAACACCACUAUUGAAUAAUUACGAUGUUACAAAACAAAAUAAGAAAUAUGAUACAACACAAUAUACACAAAGUUAUACGAAAAUAAAUAAUUAUAAUAAUAAUUAUUAUAAUUAUACAUCAACGGAAAACUAUAAUAAUAAUGGACAAUAUAAUAAGAAAACGAAUCAAUAUUAUGAGAAACCAACAACAUAUAAUCCAAAAUAUAAUUCAAGGUCAAAUGGUGAUGAUGAAACAUUAAAAACUGCACAUAGUAUUAACUUUGCUAGUGGACGUAAUGAAAAUUAUAAUAAUAAUCAACAAAUUAAAAGUAAUACGGAAAAAACAUUUAAUGAUUCACCAAGACCAUUCUCUGUAUCAAGAAAUUCAAAAGGAUUUACUAGCAGUAGUACCACCACAUUAAAACCAAUAUCACUGUUACAACAGACAACGAAAAAUUUAAAUAAAAAGAAUACUGAAGCUGAUGAUAAAAGUUAUGAUUAUGCAUAUUAUGAUAGUGAUAGUCAUUUUACUGAUUAUGAUAAUAUUGCUUCUGAAUUUUCAAAAACAACAAGAAAAAGUAAAUAA